CACCAAAGUCAUCGAGACAGAAGAGAGAGAGAGAGAGAGUUUUGUUGUUGUUGUUGUUCUUCUUCUUCUUCUACUUCAGAGCUUUUGCUUUGGUUACGUGAUCUCUCUCAUCAAAAUCUUCUGAAUCAUCAUCUCAUCAUCAUUAGCUUCUUGAAUUAUUAUUUUUUUCUUUUCUUUUCUUUCUUGUAAGCUUUCUUUUGUUUCAAGAAAACAAAGCAAAGUUUCUACUUAUGAUUUUUCAGAUUCUACAGAUCUAAUAUUAUUUGAUUCUCUCUCGAUCAUUGUCAAACGUAAUCAUCACAAGUUUUUAUUUUACUUGAGAAUCUCUUUUGAGAAUUUGUUCAUUCUUUUUUCUUCUUCUCAAAUUUGGUUUUGUGUUCUUUCUUGAAUCUGUUUCUUGAUAGAUCUUGUUUUUGUUUUCAACCUAGAUCCAAACCUGUAGAUCUGGUGUGUGUUCUUGAGCUCUUAUGGUCUUGAGUCAAAGUCAAGUGAAUUGACUGACUCUCUAGUUCAAGAUCUGGUGAAAUUGGAUCUUGUUGUUGUUCAAGUUACUGGAGAGAUGAAUUAUUUCCCAGAUGAAGUUAUUGAGCACGUCUUCGACUUCGUAACAUCUCACAAAGACAGGAAUGCGAUAUCUCUUGUCUGCAAAUCAUGGUACAAGAUUGAGAGAUACAGUAGGCAAAGAGUGUUUAUUGGGAACUGUUAUGCCACUAAUCCAGAGAGGUUGCUUCGGAGAUUCCCAUGUCUAAAGUCUCUGACUUUGAAAGGGAAACCUCAUUUUGCGGAUUUCAAUUUGGUUCCUCAUGAAUGGGGAGGCUUUGUGCAGCCUUGGAUUGAGGCUUUAGCUAGGAGCCGUGUUGGCCUUGAGGAGCUUAGGUUGAAGAGGAUGGUUGUUACUGAUGAGAGUCUUGAGCUGCUUUCUCGUUCUUUUGUGAAUUUUAAGUCUUUGGUACUUGUUAGCUGUGAAGGUUUUACUACUGAUGGUCUUGCCUCCAUUGCUGCUAAUUGCAGGCAUCUUCGGGAUCUGGACUUGCAAGAGAAUGAAAUCGAGGAUCAUAGAGGUCAAUGGUUAAGUUGUUUCCCAGACACUUGCACAACCCUCGUCACGCUAAACUUUGCUUGUCUGGAAGGAGAAACCAAUCUGGUGGCUUUAGAGAGGCUUGUUGCAAGGUCUCCAAACCUAAAGAGUCUGAAGCUAAACCGUGCAGUGCCGCUAGAUGCGCUCGCAAGGUUAAUGGCGUGUGCGCCGCAGAUAGUCGACUUAGGAGUAGGGUCGUAUGAGAAUGACCCGGAUUCAGAGUCUUACUUGAAACUCAAGGCUGCCAUAAAGAAAUGCACCUCGUUGAGGAGUUUGUCUGGUUUUCUAGAGGCUGCUCCUCACUGUCUCUCAGCUUUCCACCCAAUAUGUCAUAACCUCACCUCAUUGAAUCUUAGUUAUGCAGCUGAGAUUCAUGGCAGCCACCUCAUUAAGCUUAUUCAGCAUUGCAAGAAACUUCAACGGUUAUGGAUAUUGGAUAGUAUAGGUGACAAAGGGCUUGAAGUUGUAGCUUCCACAUGCAAAGAGUUACAAGAACUUAGGGUUUUUCCAUCUGAUUUACUCGGUGGAGGCAACACAGCUGUGACUGAAGAAGGUCUAGUUGCCAUCUCCGCAGGCUGCCCUAAGCUUCAUUCGAUACUCUACUUCUGUCAGCAGAUGACAAACGCAGCUCUCGUAACCGUUGCCAAGAACUGUCCAAACUUCAUCCGGUUCAGGCUCUGCAUCCUCGAGCCAAACAAGCCCGAUCACGUGACAUCUCAACCACUAGACGAAGGCUUUGGAGCAAUCGUCAAAGCCUGCAAGAGCCUGAGACGUCUUUCACUCUCAGGUCUACUAACAGACCAAGUCUUCCUCUACAUUGGUAUGUACGCAAACCAGCUAGAGAUGCUUUCCAUAGCCUUCGCAGGGGAUACAGACAAAGGCAUGCUUUACGUGUUGAACGGUUGCAAAAAGAUGAAGAAGCUAGAGAUUAGGGAUAGUCCGUUUGGGGACACGGCGCUUCUUGCUGAUGUGAGUAAGUAUGAAACAAUGCGAUCCCUUUGGAUGUCGUCAUGUGAAGUCACACUCAGCGGAUGCAAAAGGUUAGCAGAGAAAGCGCCGUGGCUCAAUGUAGAGAUCAUAAACGAGAGCGAUAACAAUAGGAUGGAGCAAAACGGACACGAGGGUAGACAGAAAGUGGAUAAGCUGUAUCUAUACCGGACUGUGGUCGGGACAAGAAUGGAUGCGCCGCCAUUUGUGUGGAUUCUCUAGGGUUCCUUCUCCGACCAAACACAUGAGAAGGCAAUGCUUCAGGUCUUUAUGAGGUUCUUAUUGGUCGUCUUCCGUUAAAAUGUGUUGUCCUUCUCCGAAUUAGGUGUACUGUUUUGUUUUUUGUUUUCUUUAAAUUAAGACAAAGAACUGAUUCUUCUGUGAAAGCCAUUCUGUUUUUGUUUUUUGACUUUCCUCCGGUGAAUUUAAAUUGGUUACUACAAGUGCUACGA